AUGUUCAUGUUGAUAAGAUCGUUCGAUGUCAAUUUCAAUGAUUUACCUGAUGAAAUUCUGUUGAUGAUCUUUCAAUUCUUGAAUUAUAUUGAUAUUGUUUAUUCUUUUUACAAUCUCAAUGAUCGAUUUAAUCGAAUAAUUCGUGAUCCAGUUUUGACAAGAUGUUUCAAGUUGGUGAAGAAGAGUUGCAAUCAUACUUAUCAGAAUGGAAAUUUUUCGAACAUGAUGCUCAAUCGAUUGUGCUUAGAAAUUUUACCUUCAAUUGGUGAUCAUAUUCAUGAAUUUAUUCUUGACUCAUCAUCGAUGCAACAGAUUUUACAUGCUACUUUCUAUCGAAAUUUGGCACAUCUUUCACUUUCUGAUUUGAGAAGGGAAACAAUCGAAUGGCUUUUCACUGAUGAAAAACUUUGUCGUGGAGUUUUUCGAAAUCAAAUUCAAACACUUCGGAUAAAACUCGAUGACAUUGAUGAUGAUGCAACAUUCUGCUCGAUUUCCUACAUUUGUGAAAAUAUAUUCACUGUUUUUCAUUCGUUGUUAAGCCUUGAACUGGAUGAAUCGGCGCCAUCAAUUGACUUUCAUCAUGAAUUAUCUUUUGAGGAUAUUCGAGUUGACCAUUUUCGCUGUUCAACUCUGUCGAAAUUAAAGAUCAAUGUAUCAUCUUUUGAAGAUUGUCUUCAUUUGUUCGAUGGUCGUUUCGAUCAACUUCAAAGUGUUGAUAUCAAUGUGUGUAGGAUUCGUCGUUCAGAAUUAAUUCCAAAGCAAAUUGAUUUACCUCGGAUGAAGCAUUUCUUCAUCAGUUGUUCUUGUUUGACGUAUUAUUUUGAAGAAGAAGUCCUUCCACUUCUCCAUCGAAUGUCUAAUCUGGAAAAACUCAAAAUGUGUUUUCAAAUUGAUCUUUCUCGAGGAUUUCUCGAUUUGAAUUAUUUCGAUCGAAAUAUUCUUUGUUCACUUCCGAAAUUAAAUCAAUUGAGUUUCUUUAUUCAUUCAAAUCGACUGUUUCCGAACGAAGAAGAACUUGCAAUACUUGAAACACUUGAAGAAAGAUUUCAUAUUGAUCCAGGUGUUGGAAUAACUUCCUAUGGAGAAUAUUUUUCUGAAGAAAGAACCGCUCAAUAUCACCUUUAUUCAUCUCCAUCAUUCAACGAAUAUUUUUGUGGAAUCAGUAAUCGCUUUCCUGGUGGAGCAUUUCCUUAUGUUCGUGAAGUUUCAUUGUUUGAUACCAAGCCAUUCGAAGAAGAAUUUUUUCGACGUAUUGUCCAAUCAUUUCCACGAAUGGAAACCUUAUCGGUUGUCAAUUUAAAAGCAGAAAAUCAUGAAGAAGAUAAUCAGGAAGAUGUUUCUGCAAUCCAAUAUAAUCAUCUUGUUCGACUGGUUCUUCUUCAUACUCAUGAUCAUUAUAUUGAACAGUUUCUUCUUGAGAGCAAAAGCAAUUUGGUUGAAAAAGUGAGUCUCUUUGUCAAAUAUCAAUCGCUCAAACGAAUAACAGACAAUUUCACAAGAGAUCAAACAAGAGUCAAUUGUUUCAAAGUGAAUCACUUAUACUUUCCUGAUUAUGAUCAUUCAGACGAUUUACACAAAUAUUUUCCUUAUGCAAAAAUAGAUGAAUGUAUCGCCCUGUGA